AGACAGCUUGUUUGCUCCGAGGAAACGGAGAAGGCCAUCAAGGCCAGCCCAGGCUUGUAAAGCAUUAUACCAAAUCGGGCUUGGACUCAUGUUUCAAACCUGAUGCAGACCCAAGGUGAAGAGAAUCAGAAUACUGGAAAAAGACCCAACCUUUCAGAGUGUUUAGGGAUUUUGACUUCAGGGUUUUGCAGUUGCAGCAGAAGAAGAUGAAAGUCAAGAUCUUGUGGCAUGCUGUUGCUGCAUGGACAUGGGAUGCACAGGAUGAAACAUGUGGCAUUUGUAGGAUGGCAUUUGAUGGUUGUUGUCCUGAUUGUAAGCUCCCUGGGGAUGAUUGCCCACUAAUCUGGGGUGCUUGCAACCAUGCUUUUCAUCUUCAUUGCAUCCUAAAAUGGGUAAAUUCACAGACUUCUCAAGCACAUUGCCCCAUGUGCCGGAGGGAGUGGCAAUUCAAAGGAUGAUAGAAAAAUUGGAAAACUGGAUCCCAUUUAAGGUAAUUCCUUCUCCCUAUGUCUCAAUGUUCCCCAGGGCAGACUUGCAAAUGCUCGGUUGUAUAUGAAACUGAGGCAACAUACAAUUUUGUGUCCGGUUAGCUAAGCUGAGGCAACUCAAGGUUUCAGUUUCAAUCAUUUGGUGUAUUUCCUCCAAGUUGUGUGUAGUAAAUUGCUCUAUUGAACUAUAAUUGACUAUUGGGCUAUCCUUUCUCUU